AUGUCUGGUCUGCUACGGUGCCGGGGAUGCGGUACCAUCUACCAAGACUCGUCUUCGUACACCUCCCAUGUCCAGCGCUGUGAGCAGACGGCGCAGUCUACGCAGGACGCUCUCAAGAACAUCCGAGCCCCCGCGAUGUCGCGCAGACGCGGUAUCGCCGCGUUCGCAUCCAGCGAGAAUCUUGGUGCUUUCAAGGAGAAGAUGAAGAACAAAGCAUCCAAAGUCCAAAAGUCUCUGAAGCGGGCCCGCCGGGAUUCAGACUGGGGUGAUGGGGGCAAUGAUGCACGCUACAGCACGAGGCAGAGCUCUGCAUCGAAGAGCACCUUCAGCUCGGCGGCACUUGCAUCUGAUUCGGUCAAUGAGCUGUCCGCUGGACCUUCUAAGCAGCGGGCUUCGCGGUCUUCUAUCGCUCUGUCCGCCACCUCGGGACCGCCACCUCCUUCCUCUUCCCCUCCUCCGCCUUCGUUCUGUUCCAACAUGGACAUCGACUCGUGCGAGCAGCCCUUAGCGCAACCGCCACCCGGCCGGGCUCCGUCGCCUGCGCCUAGCAUUCAGCCCCCUGACGAACACGGUCGCGCGCGUCGAAAAUGGAGGCCCAGUGCGCGAAUACGACUUGCACUAUCCGACAGGCUCCCAGAAGGACCAGGUCAACUUCUCCAGCGGCUUGAUCAAGCAGUAGAGACACGCGUUGAGGAGAACGAGCAGGCCUUACCUACCCCUUCACUGGAGUCGGUGCCACGCCGUGUCAUUCUCCACGUUCACGAGCGCGUCAAGACCACCGCCAAUCGCUUUGGGCUCUCCCGCAUCUACAGACGUCAACCGGCAAGCCGCAUUCCCGACUCGGAUCUCUCCUUCGAGCAACGAGUGGACGUCCCGAUUCCCGAGAUUCGCAGGCAGCGCCGUAGUAUCACGGAUAUCAUCUAUCCCUAUCCUAAUAUCACAUCCUUUCUCUUCGGGCGCCACCACGAGAAGAUGAGCACGAGCGGUGCUCGUGCGCGGCGCGAGGACAACCGACGUAUGCUACUCGAUGACCGGUUCAACCCCACCGACCUUUGUGACGUUGACUUCGACAAGAUCGACAAGCUACUCGCCGAGGACGUGCAGUCGCCGCAUGGAGGCUCUGGCUGGCGAACCAGCUCUGUCGUCAUCAACGUUCCUACGGGUGCGAAGGAAUCAGCUGCCGCCCGUGAUGAUAAUCGGCGCCAUACCGCGGCAAUGCGCCGUCACGCUCUCGACCUCGGAGAAGGUACGAGGGAUGCGUUUGUGCCAUAUACACUCGAAGGUGUGUGCACGCGGUCCCUCGUGCACAUCAUGCGCUCCGUCCUGACGGAGGAUCCGUCAUCGGUCGACUUCCAUUGGCACCCGUAUUCCGAACAUUGGACACCGCCGUACGAGAGCAUGGCCGAGGAGCAGGUUAUGGGGGAGCUCUAUGCCUCGCAAUCGUUUCGAGAUGCCGAACGAGAUCUUCUCGCCUCACCGCCCGAGCCUGGCUGCGAUCUCCCUCGUGUGAUCUUCGCCCUCAUGUUUUGGUCUGAUGCCACACAUGUCGCGCAGGUGGGCAACUCGAAGGUCUGGCCUGGCUACGCAUUCAUAGGCAAUCAAUCCAUGUAUAUGCGUAGCAAGCCGUCCUCGCGAGCUGCUCAUCACUUUGUAUACUUUCCAAUGACUUUCGGGCGCGAUACGAUACGAAGAUUUGCGCACAAUGUAUCGGAAUUAUCGCGCAUGGCGGCACGCGACUAUGAAGACAUACUCCUCUGCAUCAUUCCCUGUCUCGAGGGUCUAUUGCCCGAUGCGCACGAGAAGUCGGUGCUGGACCUGCUGUACAUCGCCACGUACUGGCAUUCGCUGGCGAAACUUCGCAUGCAUACGUCGUCCACCGUCAAGAUACUCAAUGACUUGACAACGGAGCUCGGCAAAGCCCUUCGUCACUUCGCCGACAUCACCUGCUCCAACUUCUGCACCGUCGAGACCGACAAGGAGUACCAGGCGCGGAAGCGCGCUGAAGCGAAGCGCACCACGAGUACGAAGGAUACCGGCAACAACACUAUGCAGACGUCUGGGAAGCGUACGAAGGGCUUUAGCCUACGCACUAUCAAACUGCAUUUCCUCGGCGAUGCAGUUGACGCCAUCCGGCGCUACGGCUCUCUUGAGCACAUCAGCACGAAGACGGGCGAGCUCGAACACCGGGUCGUCAAGAAGCGGCGCGCACGCACCAGCAACACCAAUGUGAUUCCACAGCUUGCCAGACUCGAGACUCGAGAGCGGGUACACGACCGCAUGUACGAAGAGCUGCAGGCCUUAGACGACGAGGAGAAGCACCGACCAAGCAAGCGGAAGCGCGUCAUCCCGUCGUCGGAGCUCCUGCCUCACCACCGCAUCUCUCACAACGAAACUGGUCAGCGAUUGUACUUGGAGACGUGGUUGCCAGACAAGCAUGCUGACCCGGCAUUCAAGUCCUUCAUCGUCAAACUCAAGUCCCACUUGCUCGGUCGUCUGCAAGGCCUCGUUCUCGUUGACGAUCAGCCCGAGUAUACCGAUACCGAGCUGGCCGCCGUCGAAAUUCAGAAUGACCGUCUGUUCUCGCACUCGACAGCCAGCAUCAACUUCACGACGUACGACGUGCGACGCGACAGUGAUCUUGUCCACGUUCCACCACUUGGCUUGCACGACGGUGAGGAAGACGACCCUAUGCGCCACCGUGAUGUCAUGGUGCAUACGACGGACGAUAUCAAGACCUACCCAUUCAUGUAUGCACGCACGCUCAUGAUCUUCCAUGCGAAGGUGCGCCUGGGUGGUCGGGGUGAAUGGCACUCCGUGGAAUUCCUGUGGAUCAUUCGUGGCUGUCAUCUCAUCCCUGCUUUCCAUUAUCGCAGGACGACCGAUCUUCUUGGUCCCUCGCUGUGUCGUGACUCCCGGCACGGUGAUUGGUCCAAGUAUUAUGUGGGCCGCUUCGUUGACCGCGAUAUGAUGAUGCGGUACCUUGGUCUUGGUGUAGGGCACUUGAACACCCCCGAUUUUCCACAUGAGAUCUUCGAGCGUGCCCGCUUCGAUGCUGCAGCUGUACCAAUCCCAGGUGACACGCAGGCAACAUAUACAGAGGAAGCAGACGAGGAUGUUGAGCUAGACUACGAGUCGGAUGGGGUAGCAGUAGGAAGUGACGAUGAAUUGUAG